AUGGCGGCUAUCUGCCCAUGGCCGUGCUUGGAUUCUGCUCCAACAAUUAAGGAGACAAAAUUGAAGAAAUCUUUUGCUCAGAUGCUACAGGAUUCGUGUGAAGUUCAGAUCAAGGAGCUCCCUUCGCCUGUGAUCAAAGGUGAUUCGAUUUACAUCAAAAUCACCCAGGAGGAAUAUGAGAAAGGCCUUGCUGAUUGUCGAAGAAACCUUCACGGACGUGUUUUGUGGAAUAAAGGAGAUCGGCCUCUUACAGCGAAAGAUCUGCGCAUAAAACUAUUUGCUUUUUGGAAGACUUCACAUUCUUGGCAGAUGGUCUCGUUGGGUCGCGGAUUUUAUGAGUUCCAUUUUGAUUCCUUUGAAGAUAUGCGUUUGGCUUGGUCCUCCGGCACGGUGAACUUGAAACCGGGUUUAUUGCGGCUGUCGAAAUGGACUAAUGAUUUUAGCACAUCCAGGCCUAGACAAACACAUGCUCAAGUCUGGAUCAGGCUAAUGGAGCUGCCUCAAGAGUAUUGGAGGCAGAGAACUCUCUUUGAAAUAGCAAGUGCGAUGGGUACGCCGUUAACUUUGGAUGAUUCUACUAAACACCGCACUUUUGGUCAUUACGCACGAAUUUUGGUGGAUAUGGACCUUUCUAGUCGCAUAUUUGACGAAGUCGUGGUGGAAAGGGAAGGCUUUGCCUUAAAGAUUGAAGUGAUUUACGAAAGGUUACCCGACUUUUGCUCGCAUUGUCAAACCAUCGGUCACAAUAUCCACACAUGUAAGUGGUUACAACCAAUGCAGAGUUUGGAAUCGAAGCCCAUUACGAAAGCGAUGCCUGCGGCAAAGGCUAUAAAACAAGAAUAUGUUGCAAAAGCGAGACAAACAGACACGUUUGUUUCGGAGCAUAAGCAGCAAAACCCCUCUAAUACUAGAGUGGCGGAGGCCAAGGUUAUGCAUCAAUAUACUGAUGCAGCUUCGCUUGGUAAUAAUAACGAUAAUACUUCCCCGGUUGUUGUCUCCGAUAACGACUCUUGGGAUGAAGAGAUGGAGAUUGUGGUUGAGCCAAUUGUUACAAAACAUCAUGCGAAAACCAUUGUUACUGACCUGCAUAAUAAUAACAACAAAUCCAUUGCGGCACAACAGGAAAUCUCGGCUGAAGCAAUUUCUGCUUCUGUUCAUGAUGGUCAAGACCUACAAAACAAUAACACUGUUGAUGGCGCGACUGAGAAUAUGAAUAAUAACAAAAAAUUCAUUGUUACUGUACCUGCACAACAAGAAAUAACGGCGGCUGAAACAAUUUCUGAUACUGUUUACGAUGGCCAGGACCCACAAAACAAUAACAAUGUUGACGGCGCGACUGAGAAUGUUGUUAAGCCAAUUGACGAAGUUAUGGAUGGAAAUGUUGAUGAUGCAGAAUUUAUUGCGCCGGAAACUCAACUUACAAGGGUUGUCGAUGAUCAUGAGUUUGAUGAAGUGGUGCAAAAUGAUUUGCAAGUGGUAAAGCAACUUUGGGCGGAUAAUGCAGCAGAGAAUGGUUUUACACCGGUUGACUCUCGACGUCAGAAAAAAAGGAACAAAGCGAGAAGCGCAGGACAACCUUAUAACACCCGUUCUAAGGGUGCUCCCUCUCACAAGUCCUUAUGA